CGUCAGACCCCGGCCGGGGCGCCGGCGGCGGCAGCCCCGCCACAUCCUGGUGGCCACUGCUCGCAGCAGCCGAAGCUGGGCGAGAGCACUGAACAAGCGGGACAGCAGCAGCCGCCGCCACCGGGAGCGUCGGCCAGUGCGUGGGGACCAUGCUGCGGCCUUGAGCACACACGGAGGGGGCGCCCAGGAUGGAGUUGAGCUUGGAGAGCCUCGGGGGGCUGCACGGGGUGACACACGCGCAAGCCGGCGAGCUGCUGAGCCCGGGCCACGCGCGCUCCGCCGCGGCCCAACACCGAAGCCUAGUGGCAUCGGGGCGUCCGGGCCUGGUGGCGGGCAUGGCUAGCCUGCUGGACGGUGGUGGCGCCGGGGGCGGGGGCGCCGGGGGCGCGGGGGCUGCAGGGGCCGCGGGUGGUGGCCCUGACUUCCGUGGGGAGCUGGCUGGCCCCCUGCACCCAGCCAUGGGUAUGGCGUGCGAGGCCCCAGGUUUGGGUGGCACCUACACCACGCUCACGCCCUUGCAGCACCUGCCGCCGCUGGCCGCCGUGGCCGACAAGUUCCACCAGCACGCGGUGGCCGGGGCGCACGGAGGCCAUCCGCACGCGCACCCUCACCCAGCCACCGCGCCGCCACCGCCCCCUCCGCAGCGCCUGGCGGCCAGCGUGAGCGGCAGCUUCACCCUCAUGCGCGACGAGCGGGCGGCGCUGGCCUCGGUGGGCCACCUCUACGGGCCCUAUGGCAAGGAGCUGCCCACCAUGGGGUCGCCACUAUCGCCGCUGCCCAGCGCGCUGCCCCCUGCUCUGCACAGCGCCCCGCAGCCGCCGCCGCCGCCGCCACCGCUCUCCGCUUACGGGGCUCCGGGCCACCUGGCUGGGGACAAACUACUGCCACCUGCGGCCUUCGAGCCACACGCCGCGCUGCUGGGGCGCGCGGAGGACGCGCUGGCCCGAGGGCUGCCUGGAGGCGGCGGCGGCGCGGGAGGUGGCGGGGCGGCCGGCGGGGCGGCCGCGGGUUUGCUGGCUCCGCUGGGCGGGCUAGCUGCGGCCGGGGCGCACGGGCCUCACUCAGGCGGCGGUGGCCCCGGAGGGGGCGGUGGCGCCGGCGGCGGCAGCGGCGGCCCGGGAGCUGGCGCCGCAGCCGAAGAGAUCAACACCAAAGAGGUGGCCCAGCGCAUCACCGCCGAGCUGAAGCGCUACAGCAUCCCACAGGCCAUCUUCGCGCAGCGCAUCCUGUGCCGCUCGCAGGGCACGCUCUCCGACCUGCUGCGCAAUCCGAAGCCCUGGAGCAAGCUCAAAUCCGGCCGCGAGACCUUCCGCAGGAUGUGGAAGUGGCUGCAGGAGCCCGAGUUCCAGCGCAUGUCGGCGCUGCGCCUGGCAGCCUGCAAGCGUAAAGAGCAGGAUCAGCAGAAGGAGAGGGCUCUGCAGCCGAAGAAGCAACGCCUUGUGUUCACAGACCUGCAGCGCCGCACGCUGAUUGCCAUCUUUAAGGAGAACAAGCGGCCUUCCAAGGAGAUGCAAGCCACCAUCUCGCAGCAGCUGGGCCUGGAGCUCAACACUGUCAGCAACUUCUUCAUGAACGCGCGUCGCCGCUGCAUGAACCGCUGGGCUGAGGAGCCCGGUGCCACCCCUGGCACGGGGACAGCCACCGCCACCUUUUCCAAGGCCUGAGCCUUCCGCCCCCACACUUACCCCAGCCCCGGGACCGCACACGCUAACCCCGGGGAGCAAGGGGCCGUCCCUGACCCAGCCAAAGCAAGCCCUACUCCCACCUCCAGGGGACAGGGACCCCCCGACCCCCCUCCUGCUCAAUUUUGGACUCCAAAGGGACCCCAAGGGUAGAGUGGGUCAAGAAUCAAGCACAUCUUACAAACAAAACCCGGGUAUUUAAAAAUGAUUUUAAUAGAGAACCCUUCUUUCCAGAUCUCAGACCUCCUCAAAAGGCGGGGGUGGGGGGCAGGCAUCUGCUUGUCUUCCCCAACUUUCUCCUCCAGGCCAGGUCUCUGUCCCCUUGUCCCCUCCCCAAGAACUGAGACCCAUCCCAAGUGGCCAAAACCCGACAACAAGCUGGAUCCUUACAGCACCCCAUGCCCAAUCCUGCCCUCCAAGCUCUGGCCCCACCCCGCAGGGUGGCCCCUCACAGUAGAGACCCCAGCCGCCAACCUGACCCCAGCGGCCUGGGUAGCCUGUGCCAACAAUCCCCUGCCUUAAUGCCGGGGAGGGAAGCUGUGGGGAGCCCCCUGUCUCCAAGGAAACGGUGGUAGAUGCGAGAUGAGGACUGCUCCCGUGGAUGCUGCCAUCCCAGCACCCCUGGCUGAGUUCACCAUAAGCACCUUGCUAUGUGAAGAAUGCUACACAGGGAACAAGGUCGCCACAGAGCAAACAAAGAUGACACCCCAGAUGUCAGGGGAGGGACAUCAGAUUCCCCUGAUCUGGGGCCCGCCAUGGAGGCGCCAUUGGUGUCUCUUGGAUGCAAAGUUCUGGAGACCUCUGGAAUUCAUCACCCAGUUUGUUUUUUUUUUUUUUCAGUUGAUCGGGGUGCAUGCCUGAGUGCACCUCAGAGGACAUUCAGGGGUGACACCUCUCUCUGAAGAGAGAGGAUGAAGCUGAAAACUGCUUGCUCCAU